AUGCGUCUGUUAUCUACGUUGCUUGCGCUUGCUGCCGCCGUCAACGGCGCUGCUCUACCCCGCGCAGAUCCCGCGCCCGUCACCGAUUACGAUGCUAUUGUCGUGGGCGGCGGUCCUGCCGGCCUCAGCGCUCUGAGCGGUCUGGCACGUGUCCGUAGGAAGGUCCUGCUUAUUGACUCGGGCGAGUAUCGCAAUGGGGUAACGAGGCACAUGCACGAUGUGAUCGGGUUUGAUGGCGUCACACCGGCCUACUUCCGCUGGGCCGCUCGCCAGCAAAUCGCCCACUACAAGACGGUGACCAUGGCCAACGGCACCGUCACCAACAUCACCCCCGGCGACGCGCAAAACACGCACUUCGUCGUCACCACCGUCGGCACCGGCAGCCCCGACGCGGUGACCCUCACGGCGCGCAAGAUCGUGCUCGCCACGGGACUGCGCGACAUCCUGCCCCCGACCCCCGGCCUGCGCGAGGCUUGGGGCGAGGGCAUCUUCUGGUGCCCGUGGUGCGACGGGCACGAGCACGCCGACCAGCCGCUCGGCCUGCUGGGCAGCCUGGACAACGUGCCCGGCGCGGUGCGCGAGAUGGUGACGCUCAACAGCGACGUCCUGGCCCUCGUCAACGGCACCGACACGCCGGCCUUCCGCGCCGUCAACGACGAGAAGUUCCCCGGCUGGGAGAAAUACCUGGAGCUGCACAAGGUGCCAGUCGACAACCGCACGAUUACGGCUAUUACGCGCCUGCAGAGCGCGAAUGAGUCCGCUGAUCCUAGCUUGCCCACGGCUCCGGAGUUUGACCGCUUCCGCGUCGACUUUGCUGAGGGCGAGCCUGUGGAGAGGGCGGCGUUCCUCGCGGCCUUCCCGUCUGAGCAGAUGUCGGAUGUCGGCGAGAAGCUGGGCGUCCACCUCUACGGCGGUCGUUUGGCCGCUGACCAGACUGCUGGCCUGAUCACCAACAUCCCUGGCGUCUAUGCCAUUGGUGAUGCCAACUCGGAUAACACCACCAACGUGCCGCACGCUAUGUUCAGCGGGAAGCGCACUGCGGUGUAUUUGCAUGUCAGGCUUGCCCGUGAAGACGGUGAGAGGGAGCUGAACGGAACCGUCACCAAAAGAGACCUCGACCACACUGCGCGGUCGCUGUGGGACAGCGUCAACGGUGCACCUGGCGAUAUGCUCUACGCUGGCGAGUUUGACCAGUAG